AUGAUAAGUCCUUCGUCAACAACAUUACCAUCUAAUAAUCGAUCACGUGUUAAACUCUAUACAUUAAAUGAAGAACGUCAAUGGGAUGAUCGUGGGACAGGUUUUGUAACAUGUACAACACCUAUUGCACCUAAUACAAAUCAUGCACUUAUUGUUAAAUCAGAAGUAGAUGGUUCAACAUUACUGGAUUCAAAAAUUCUAUUAAAUACAAAAUAUCAAAAACAACAAGAAACUUUAAUCGUUUGGUCUGAAGGAGAUAAACAUGAUUUAGCACUAAGCUUUCAAGAGAAAGCGGGUUGUGAUGACAUUUGGGAAAAUAUAUGCGAUGUUCAAGGUAAAGAUUCUUCAUCAUUUUUAAAUAAUACUAAUUUAACAUCUGAAUCAAAUGGUUCAACAAUCUAUGAAUCCGAUGAUGAAUGUGCUGGUGAAUCAAAUGAUAAUUAUUUACCAUCAACAAUAACAUUACCACCAGUUGAUCUAUCUCAUUUACGUGAUAUAUGUGAUUUAUUUAGUCCCGAUAAAGUUCGUGAUGCUUCACGUCGUGAUUUAUUAGCACGUGCAAUUGAAUCUGGAAAUUAUAUUCGAAAAUUAAUUGAUCUAUUUCAUAUAUGUGAAGAUUUAGAAAAUAUUGAAUCUUUACAUCAAAUAUAUGAAAUUAUACGUUCAAUAUUUUAUUUAAAUAAAUCAAGUCUAUUUGAAAUAUUAUUUAGUGAAGAAUUUAUAAUGGAUAUUAUCGGUUGUUUAGAAUAUGAUUCACAAUUAAAUUAUAAUGAUAAACGUAAUUAUAGAGAAUUUUUAGAUACAAAAGCCACAUUUCGAGAAGUUAUACCAAUUGUUAAUCAAGAAUUAUUAGCAAAAAUUCAUCAAACAUUUAGAGUACAAUAUAUACAAGAUGCAAUUUUACCAGCACCAAGUUUAUUUGAAGAAAAUUUAUUAUCAACAAUGAAUAGUUUUUUAUUUUUUAAUAAAGUUGAUAUUGUGACAUUAUUAUAUGAAGAUCCAAAAUUUCUUAGUCAAUUAUUUUCAACAUUAAAAGAUGAAAAUUUAUCAGAUGAUAAACGUAAAGAUCUUAUGUUAUUUCUUAAAGAAUUUUGUGUUUUUUCACAAACAUUACAACAACAAAAUAGAGAUAAUUUUUUUCAAGCACUUGCCACUCAUGGUAUAUUGAAUGUCAUACAAGUAAUGCUUAGUCUGGAUGACACGACAACAAAACAAGCCGCACUUGAUGUAUUUGCUUCAAUAGUUGAAUGUAAUCCAUCAACAGUUCGUGAAUAUAUGUUACAAGAAACACAAUCAACACAAGAUGAUGACGAAUUACUUCUCAAUCUUGUUAUAAGUGAAAUUCAAAGUGAUCCAGAUCCAGAAUUAAGUGGUGCACUUAAUCUAAUGAAUUAUCUUAAAUUAUUAAUUGAUCCUGAAAAUAUGAUGGCUGUAUCAAUAAGUGAAAAAACCGAAUUUCUAUCAUUUUUUUAUUUUCGUUCAAUGUCUGUAUUACUUGCUCCACUUAUGGCUAAUUCAUCUGAUCUUAAAUUAGCUCGAGAUGAUUUUCAUAUAGCUCAAUUGCAAAAUUUAAUUCUUGAUUUUGUUACAUUUUGUGUUGAACAUCAUACAUAUCAUAUGAGAAAUUUUCUUAAUAAAAAAGAUUUAUUACGACGUGUACUUGUAUUAUUAAAAUCUAAACAUCAAUUUCUUCAACUUAGUGCACUUCGAUUUUUGCGAAAAAUUGUUGGCCUUAAAGAUGAACAGUACAAUGUAACAAUUGUUCGCAAUAAUUUGUUUGCACCUAUUGUUGAUGCAUUUAAAUCUAAUAAACGACGGUAUAAUUUAUUAAAUUCAGCUUUAAUUGAAUUGUUUGAAUUUAUUCGACAUGAAGAUAUAAAAAUAUUAAUAAAUUAUUUCGUUGAAAAUUUCUAUUCCGAUUUUGAAAAUGUAACUUAUGUUAAAACAUUUCAUGAUUUAAAAUUACGUUAUGAUGCUCAUAGAGAUCGACGAGAACGAAUGCUUAAUGAUAAUUCACCGAUAGGUUCUUCACGUUUGCACGACAAUCUGAAUAAUAGUCAUUUAUUACCUAUUCAACAUUUUCAUCAAUCUCAACGUCUUCGAAAAGAUGAACGAGAUCUUGAUGCUGAAGAAGAAAACUGGUUUAAUGAUGAUGGUGAUGAAAAUAAACUAUCAUUAAUUAAUCAUGGUACAUUAUUUAAUGGUGGCUCGGAUGAUGAAGACAGUCAACCAGAAAUAAGUGGGAAUAGUAGUGCAAUUUCAACUAAUGAACCAAUGCGACUUCAUCAUCUUUCCGUAGAUAAUGAAGAUGAUGGAUUGCCAAUGGCGUCUACCGAAAAAAAAUCAAGAUCAUCACGUUCUCAGUAUAAUAAACCAGUAAUCAGUAUUCAUAUUCGACGUUCACCGAUAUCUUCUGUUGGUCAAUUACCUCCAUCAUCUUCCUCAUCAUCUACAAGUUCUGAACAUGAUUCAACAACACUUCGAGUUGAGAUUCCUCAAUCUACAACAAAUGGUUCUCCAACUUCAUCACCUCGGCCAAUUGAGCCAACAUCUACCUUUGCUAUGAGUCCUGGUUUAUCGAGUAUUGCCGAUCAGUAUAAUGAUGAUGAAAAUGAACAAGAAGAAGACGAAAGUGAAAACGAUGUGUCUGUAAAAUCAAAUCAAUCCAAUGAAAAUAGUAGUAACAGUGAUUUAUGCACAUCAACAACACGUAAACGUAAAAUUGAGGAAGAUAAUAAUAAUAAUCAUAAUGAUAAUGAACAAUAUUCUUCAUCAAUAUCGAAUGAUACUAAUAUAUCUUUAUCAAAUGACAAUAAUACUGAACAAACUAAAGUAUUUAAACGGAGUAAUGAUGAAUUAGCAAAGUGA